GGCUCCCAAAAGUCAAAUCUCAUGAAAUGAAUAAUGAAUCAAAGGACCCAAAAAAACACAGCCAAAGAUAAUCUAGUCUAGGCCAGGAAGAACAACAAAUUCUCUCUCUGAGAAUCCGCCGUUGUGCUCAGGAGAAGCCAGCGAGCAGCAUCCAAUACAGCCAAAUUCUCUCUUUCAGUUAAAAUCGAUGCCAGCUAGCAGGGCGAAAGAAUCAUAACAAUACAAUAACAAGGAAGGGGUAGUAGCUCUCUGGCUUCUGCAGGCUUCUGAUUUUUUCCGGUCUCUUUCAUCAAAUGGCUUCUUCUGGAUCAUCACAGCAGUGCCCGCCGUUCGACUUCUCGGCCAAGUACUACUCCAGUAAUGGAGAUGGGUGCGUGAGGCAGGGCAGCUUCUUUGAAGGGAAACCCAUUUUGGGACAAGGCAUCGGCUACUCUGUCAUUCUUGGCUUCGGUGCUUUCUUUGCCGUCUUCACUUCUUUUCUGGUGUGGCUGGAGAAGAGAUACGUUGGGUCACGCCACACUUCAGAGUGGUUCAACACUGCUGGCAGGAACGUCAAAACUGGACUCAUUGCCAGUGUCAUUGUCUCCCAGUGGACAUGGGCAGCCACGAUCUUGCAAAGCUCAAAUGUAGCAUGGGAAUAUGGAGUCAGUGGACCAUUCUGGUAUGCCAGUGGGGCUACCAUUCAGGUUCUGUUAUUUGGGGUGAUGGCCAUAGAGAUCAAGAGAAAGGCUCCACAUGCACAUACUGUGUGUGAGAUCGUCAAAGCUCGGUAAAUGCUACAUUGAGCAUAAGUGCAUAACCAUAGAGCUAAAUAUCAAAUCUAUCUCAACAGAUGGGGAACCCCUGCACACAUUGUGUUCUUGUUCUUCUGCUUCCUCACAAACAUCAUAGUCACGGCUAUGCUGCUCCUUGGUGGCUCUGCAGUCGUCAAUGCACUCACCGGAGUGAACAUCUACGCCGCGAGUUUCCUGAUCCCACUUGGUGUCAUCGUCUACACACUAGCUGGCGGACUCAAGGCCACAUUCUUGGCUAGCUACAUUCACUCGGUCAUUGGUUAAGUUUCCAUUACUCUCAAUCAUUCACUCAUUUCCUAAGUACAUCAGAAUUUGGUUGUCCUGAAUGAAUUCUUGUUGUUUCUUUGUUCUUUUUGUUCUAGUCCAUGUGGCACUUGUCAUCUUCGUCUACUUAGUUUACACAGCAAGCAGCCAGCUUGGUAGCCCUGGUGUGGUGUACCGCCGCCUCAUGGAAGUGACGAGCAAAUCCAGAACCUGCAGUGACCCAAUCUCCCACGCUGGCCAAGCGUGUGGUCCUGUUAAAGGAAACUAUAACGGCUCUUACCUCACCAUGCUCAGUCCUGGAGGCCUUGUCUUUGGGAUCAUCAACAUUGUUGGAAACUUUGGCACCGUUUUCGUUGACAAUGGGUAUUGGGUGAGUGCAAUAGCUGCAAGGCCAUCCUCAACGCAUAAAGGGUAUUUGUUGGGUGGCUUGGUUUGGUUUGCUGUACCUUUCUCUCUGGCAACAUCACUUGGUCUGGGAGCACUCGCCCUUGAUCUCCCCAUAUCUCAGGCUGAGGCCAGCCGUGGACUCGUUCCUCCUGCCACAGCUACUGCUCUAAUGGGGAAAUCAGGAUCCGUUCUCCUUCUCACCAUGCUUUUCAUGGCUGUGACUUCAGCUGGAUCAUCCGAGCUAAUUGCAGUCUCCUCACUAUGCACAUACGACAUCUACCGUACCUACAUAAACCCAAAUGCAUCAGGUAAGAAGAUUCUUCGAGUGUCGAGAGCAGUCGUGCUGGGAUUCGGAUGCUUCAUGGGACUGCUGGCAGUGAUACUGAACAAGGCUGGAGUGUCACUCGGUUGGAUGUAUCUAGCCAUGGGAGUGCUCAUAGGCUCAGCUGUGAUUCCCAUUGCUUUUAUGCUCCUAUGGAGGAAAGCCAACGCAAUUGGUGCCAUAUUGGGAACUGUAAUCGGAUGUGUUCUGGGGAUAACUACAUGGUUAUCAGUUACCAGCAUCGAGUAUGGGAGGAUCGAUCUUGACACGACUGGCAGGAAUGCACCAAUGCUGGCUGGUAAUCUGGUUUCUAUACUCACAGGAGGAGCUGUACAUGCUGUGUGCAGUCUGGUGUGGCCUCAGAACUACGAGUGGGAUACCACGAGGAAGAUUACCACCGUUGAGAAGGACCGGAGUGAGCUGCCUGCAGAAGAGUUUAAGGAGGAGAAGUUGAAGAGAGCUAAAGCGUGGAUUGUGAGAUGGGGAGUUGCUUUCACUCUUGUCAUUGUUGUGCUGUGGCCACUUCUCAGCCUUCCUGCCAAGGAGUUUAACUUGGGCUACUUCACAUUCUGGGCAGUAAUUGCCAUAGCCUGGGGAACCAUUGGAUCAGCAGUGAUUAUAGCUCUGCCGUUGAUCGAGAGCUGGGGUACCAUCAGGAAUGUCUGCCUUGGGAUGUUUACAAAUGACAGGCUGAUGGAGAAGCUCGAAGAGAUUGACACAAAGCUGCAGACUAUCAUACUGACUAUCCCUGAAGCUGAGAAAAUGUACGUGCUUGAGAAGGAUAAAGCUACUGCGAAGAGGCGAGAGACCGAGCAUGAAGCUUAGUUUCUCGUUUGGAGUAAUCUGAAAUCUGAAUGGAUCACCACUGCGUGUAAAUGAGCAAGUAAUUCUCUGUAGAUGGGUUCCUAGCAGUUUAAAGUAUUGCCACUCAGUCAGUAUCAUGAUUUGAGAGAGCAAGUGUGAUACUGUUGCUGUUUAUCAUUGAUCCUGAAACCCAGACCAAAGACAUUUCAUAUUUACAGUCCACUGUACAUUCUGGUUGUUACAUUAUAGCUGGCAAUGGCCAAAAAAUGGAUGAUAAUGUAAUUGAAAUGAUAAAUACAAUAACAUCUCGUUUGGAAGUUUAGAUUUGUGUAUUUUCAGAAAAUGCAUGCAUUGUAAAUUGUCUGCUUCUAAUUAGAUAAUCUUUUGAACACAAUGUUUCACAGCAGUGAUCCUCAGGGCCUAUUUAUAGCAUCUUCCCAGGUAGACACCCUAAGCGCAACACUGCAGAACAGAGGUAGAUCCUUGA